AUGCUCUCUUUCAGCUCGAUCCUAACCAGACGAACAGCACCGACCAUCCAGAAGCCCUCCUUCCGAAACGGCUUGGCUCGACACAACUCGUCGAAAUCCACAUCGACGAAAAAGCCCACCUACCAGCCCUCACCCUCCCCCCCUCCCUUACCACCCAAAGAACAGAAAGAAUUCAUCUCGCUCAUCAACCAAUCAAACUCAUCGCCUCCAGAUCAGCCCACCAACCAGACCCAUCCUGAUCUCAGAAACCUCGGCCCAGAAGAAUUUCAGGGGGAUGUCAAUCCGAGAACCGGUGAAGUCAAUGGGCCCAAACGCGAUCCUUUAAAAUGGCCAAAUGAAUGGGGAUAUGGUGGUCGAGUUGAGCAAUCUGUCUUAUUUUUGAUGAGCGUUCCCUUACGCCGAGUGGGUAAGUACCCUACCACGGUCCGGACGGCGACGAACGAUCAGAAACGGAUCUCCGAAACAAUUUUCGCUUCUUUCUCAACAAUCACCUAUCGCAGCAACCCCAGUUCUGUUGGGAAGAUCAAGGAAGAAUUUUCAACCAAAUUUAUCACCUCUCAUCGUACACAUCAUCAUCUUCCACCUCUGCAAAUACCUAGUGGUUUCCCAGCUCAGGUUGAAAAAUUAGUACAAAGAAACAGUUACGUCUUCAGAGAUAUAUCAAAAUACGUGAAAUCAGAAACAAUUCUCUACCUUUCUUAA